AUGAUGGGGGUGAUGAGGAUUGAGAGGGAUGAUGGAGAUGAUGGAGAUGGAGGUGAUGGGGAUGAUGGGGUUGAUGGGGGUGAGGGGGAUGAUGGAGAUGAUGAAGAUGAUGGGGGUGAUGGGGAUGAUGGAGAUGAUGGGGAUGAUGGGGAUGAUGGGGAUGAUGGGGAUGAUGGAGAUGAUGGGGAUGAUUGGGGUGAUGGGGAUGUUGGGGGUGAUGGGGAUAAAGGGGAUGAUGGGGAUGAUGGAUAUGAUGGGGGUGAUGGGGGUGAUGGGGAUGAUAGGGAUGAUUGGGUUGAUGGGGAUAAAGGGGUUGAUGGGGGUGAGGGGGAUGAUGGAGAUGAUGAAGAUGAUGGGGGUGAUGGGGAUGAUGGAAAUGUGGGGGUGAUGGGGAUUAUGGGGAUGAUGGAGUUGAUGGAGAUGAUGGGGAUGAUUGGGGUGAUGUGGAUGUUGGGGGUGAUGGGGAUAAAGGGGAUUAUGGGGAUGAUGGAUAUGAUGGGGGUGAUGGGGAUGAUAGGGAUGAUUGGGUUGAUGGGGAUAAAGGGGGUUAUGGGGGUGAUGGGGAUGAUGGAGAUAAUGGAGAUGAUUGGGGUGAUGAUGGAUGAUGGAGAUGAUGGGGAUGAUGGGGAUGAUGGAGAUAAAGGGGAUGAGAUAUGA